UUUGCGCUGACGGCGCGACGGAAACCAUGGCGAAUCUCUCUGCUUCUACAUCGGCGAACCGAGAGAUAGAGUCUCAAGAACCUGACGAAACUCGAACAGCUCGUAGUCGUAGCUUAUACCCCGAUAACGAAGAGUUUCUCUAUACAUGUGCUCCAAUGAGUCCGCUGCAAUGAGAGGGGAUUGGAACGCAGCCAGCACAAUAAUUAAAUGGUUGCAACGAGAUAGUUCGCACAGCCAUUACUGUUGAUUUUGAUGCUCCUCUACAUGUAGCAUCUUCAAUGAAUCAAGUAGCAUUUGUCAGAGAACUUUUGAAGAAGCUGCAGAAUAAUGAUUUGGCUCUUCGAAACAGAUUCGGUUUCACAGCACUCUAUUCUGCAGCUCAGUCAGGGGCUACAGAGAUUGUUGAGAUGAUGAUUGACAGGAACCCUAGUCUUGCACAGAUACCUGGAAAUGAGGGAGAGCUUCCACUGUUGACUGCAAUCAUGUUUGGGCACAAGGAGACAGCUUCACUUCUCUUCGAGAGAACAAACUUCAAUAUCAUUAACAAUGAGAUGUUGACAAAGCUCUUUCAUAAUCUCAUAUAUUCAGAUUUCUUUGAUUUUGCUGUGAGGCUGUUGGAUAGAACGAGCACAGUAGCUGCCUCUCAAGAUUCCAACGGCUAUACAGCUUUGCACUUGAUGGCUUUAAAGCCUUAUGCUCUCUCGCCUAACCGCAUGUUGUCCAAUUUCUUCCGUGGAGAAAGAAUGUCAUCCUCAGCUGGGGAACUGAUAGAAAAUCUAUGGAACCAUUUUGUGAAUCAACAUGGCACCUUCACUUCAUUUACACAGCCAAAAAUUAUGCUUUUUGACGCUGCAAGUGUUGGGAACGCAGAGUUUCUAGCUAUUAUCAUCUCCAAGUUCCCAGAUCUCAUUUGGUUUGUUAAUGAGAAGAACCAAAGCAUAUUCCACGUAGCUGCGGAAAACCGUCAUGAGGGCGUAUUUGGUUUGAUCUUCGACCUAGGUCCUGCAAAGAGUAGAAUUCUAGACUUAGUUGAUAACACAGGUUGCAACAUAUUGCAUCUUACGGCAAGGCUACCUCCAUAUGAUCGGCUUCAAGUAGUAUCCGGAGCAGCUUUUCAGAUGCAGCGCGAGCUGCUUUGGUUUGAGGCCGUGAAAAAGAUGGUACCCCCUAGAUGCAUAGAAAGCAAUACUAGUGUGCAUAAUACACCAGAUGUCAUAUUCACAGAGGAGCAUCAGGCUCUGCGGAAAGAAGGAGAGAAGUGGCUAAAAGGGACAUCAACUACGUGCAUGAUUGUUGCAACUCUGAUUGCUACUUUAGUGUUUGCUGCUUCUAUAACUGUCCCUAGUGGAUUCAACAAAGAUGGAUAUCCUAUUUUAGCGGAUAGCAAAUGGUUUCAGACAUUUUACGGUGCAUCUGCUGUGGCAUUCAUCUGCUCAUCACUAGCCAUAAUACUCUUCAUGUCAAUAUUGACAUCCAGGAACUCUUCUAACGAAUUCCGGAUGAUGCUUCCUUCGAGCCUGAUGUUGGGACUUUUCAUGCUGUUCGUCUCUAUAGUAGCAAUGGUCAUAGCCUUUUGUGGCGCCGUGAUAGUUAUGCACCAUUCAAAGAUUGCUUGGAGGGGUGGUACUUUAGUGUGUUUGGCUCUCUUCAUCGGGAUUUCCUUCAUAGCGAUGCAUCUUAAACUCCUCGUUGGUAUGAUCCGUGCAUCAUACUGGUCCAAAUUCUUCUUGCAGCAUAGAAGUCGACGUUUUCUGUAGAGGGAAUCGUCUCUGGUGAUUAUAAGAAUGGAUAAAAUUGCAUUAUGUCAGGAGGUGCUCAAGUUCUUCUGAGAGGAUAGCAGAACACAUCUAUUACGCAGGUCAUUGUUCGGUAGCUUGUUUGUCGUUUGUUUUGUAAUAAUACUCUUUUUAAGUUCUCCUGUCUACGAUCUACUCUGUAAUCUCUUUCUUUAUUGUAAACCAAUUACUAUGAACACCGAUCCAUGAACUCAUAAAUGAUCCCUGCUUUCGAUCACAGUUAGAGCAUAGAAGACAUGAGGUAUCGAUUGGUUAAAUCACCAAUUUGCUAAUCGGUUUCUUCUUAUGGGGUUACAAUUCAGUGUAAGAGCCAAGUACAUAAAUUUUGCUUAGGGAUAACCAGAUUGUGCUAGAACUCUAGUACACAAAGUUGACUUUUUACUGAUCUACACCACAAAGGGGCCAUACAAAAACCUUGGGUUGUUAAGUCAGCCACUUACAAAAUCAUGUUGUUCCCACAUAAGUAUCAUGUUCUAGCAAGCGGGGGUAUGUUAUUCACACAUGAAUCAAAUGCGUCAAAAGCCUCCGUAUUGGCUCUGAUGUCACUUUAGUUCUUCCCUACUUAAUGAACCUAUGACUGUCUGUCCAUCAUUGAGAAAACACUUGCUUGUUGCUCCAACAUAAGUCCAACUGUUCCAGCACAUAAGCACCUCAAAAUAACCAGGAACAAACACAAAGAACCCUUGAUCCAGUUUAUAUGGAUAUUAUCUUUGCUGCUACAAGCUCCAUUAAUGAUCUGCCUUGAUUAUUAAAACAUGAGUUUAUUUGACUCGCAAGAAUCUUUAACAUUUAACAUCGAGACUGAGACUGAUCCUGCAACCAAAACCGCAAAUGUUAACCAAUCUUAAAUUCCACACUGCCCAAAACAUGUCUUGUCUCCAACAGUAAACAUGAUGGAUCACGUCUCUGAAUGCUUCACCUGCAACUCAAUUUUCUUUGAAUCUUAACCCUUAGCUGAUAUACCAAUACACAUGAGCUCAUAGAUUUCUUAACUAUUAGGGCGUCCCCUAUUUCCAAGAAUCAAUGAACAUACAACAACCAUCAAUCUAACAGUCUUGAACCUUCAUUGUAUCCAACCUUAUAAAACCAGAUUAACCCAAACAAAAAACAACAACUGAGAAACCCAGUACUAAAACUUGCAAUUAUCCUUGUUAGAGGUCAACAUACAAACGUGUGUCCUAUCAGGACUCAGAAUCCUCUUACUAUGCAGAUCAAGAACAGAAACAACUGUACAGAUUAUCGCAAAAAAUAUAUACCUUGUACUGGCAGGGAAUCAAACAAUUUGUCUUUCAAGAUUUGAACCGAUUCCCAUUUCAUAGAAUUAAGCCAGAGAAAGUUGUCUCAUGCCUCUCAUGAACCCUGAAUCCAUCUUUAACCGUGACCAUACACCAUCCUCACGCUACUUUAUAAACCACAGAUUCUUAACAACAACAUCUAUGACCUAGUGUUCUCCCUUCAAUGGUUAUAACAAAUCCACAAACAGGUUCUUUGUACCAAACUUGCUUUGUGGCAGGCUCUUGUGCCAUUGGAGGGGAGUGGUUUCCGAUUUCACAGACCAGAAAUCACCUCCACCGAUUCGGUCUUUCUCUUUCAGCAUGAAUCUUCCAUCCUCCAACUCUGGUGUCUUUGACCAAGAACACCAACGAUCUUCUUCUUCUGUUGCUUUUAAUUGCAGAUCUCACAACAUCCUCCUACUUUAUACUAGUCCCGAUUCUUCUCUAUCCUCCCGUUCGCGAUGCCUCCGUCUUCCGAGCUUCAUAGGGACAGGGUGUCACCUUUUUUUUUUUUUUUU